AUGACUAAGCUCCUGCGAGUUCUCCUGCUCCUGCUGUCCUCCCUGGAUGAGGGGUACCCAAGCUGCAGUCUCCGGCCCUGGAAUAUAGGCUCCUUCUCACAGACUGGGGAUGUCCUCAUCGGAGGACUCAUUGUUGUCCACUCUAGAUAUGACUCCCCAGAGCUGACAUUUCAGAGUGAGCCUCAGCCCCCAUCCUGUGAGAGGUUCCACGUUCGCUAUUACCGGGAUGUCCUUGGCAUGAUGUUCGCCAUCAAAGAAAUUAACAAAUCUCCGGAUCUGUUGCCAAAUAUCACCCUAGGCUUCACUCUGUUUGACUCCUGUAUGUCUGAGCUCCAAGCGGUUUGGGGAGCUCUGUCCUUGGUAUCGGGUACCAAAUCCCCCAUUCUUCAAUACGACUGCCAUGUUUCUUCUAGGAUAAUUGGAAUUAUUGGAGAAACAAUGUCAGCGUUGUCUCUUCCUGUAGCCAGAGUCCUGGGAGUCCUACAUUAUCCACAGAUCAGUCAUGGAGCAUCCUCGUCAUCUUUAAGUGAUAAGGUGAACUUUCCAUCAUUCCUCCGCACAGUGUCCACCAACAUGUUUCAGAAUAUUGCUCUCAGCCAGAUUAUAAGUAUGUUUGGAUGGACCUGGGUUGGGAUGUUAGUUGUGGAUAAUGAUGUCGGGGAGCAGGGUGGACAAGUUAUUCGAAAUGAAAUAGAAAAGAGUGGGAGUUGUAUGGCCUUUUUAGAGAAGAUCCACUUGAGUUUUUCUAUGAAACAGAUCCAGAGAGUGGUGAAUGUAAUCAAGAAAAGCUCGGCCAAUGUGAUUGUCCUCCACAGUCCCGAAGCUCACGUGAAAGUUCUCCUGGAUGAAUUGUAUGAUCAAGAGGUUUUUGAAAAGAUCUUCAUUUCUUCUGCUUCCUUUACCAUCACGCCUGGCCUUUUCUCCCUAAAGGCUUGGAGGGUAUUAAAUGGAACCAUAGGUUUAAUGCCAAGCACGGGGCCCAUGCCAGAAUUUCAUGACUUUCUCCAAAGUCUGCACCCACUGAGAAACUCCAUGUAUCCUUUUAUCCAGAUAUUUUGGGAGGUUGCUUUUAACUGUACAUGGUCAAAAAGGGAGAAUGACACAGAUCCAAGUGAAUCAGAUGGAAUUAACCUCUGUACUGGGGAGGAAGACAUUAAGGAGCGAAUCCCCCAUAUAUUUGAAAUAAAUGACCUCAGUUAUACAUAUCAUUCCUAUCUGGCAGUGUACGCCUAUGCCCACGCUCUGCAAGCACUCCUUAAAUGCCAAACGCUGCGUGGCUGUAAUUUGAGGAGAAUCCAGCCCUGGCAGGUUCUUAAUUCUCUGAAGAAAACUCAGUUUCGAGCGAAGACGGGAGAUUGGAUGAGUUUUGAUUCUAAUAGCGAUUUGUCUGCAUCCUAUGACAUCAUGACCAUUCAGAUACGUAAUGGCAACUUCCAGUUAGUAAAGGUGGGAACGUUUAACCCCAGAGAAAUGCAUGGUAACAAGAUCAUUAUCAACACAAGCUCCAUCCUGUGGAAUGAGAAGAAUCCUGGUGUUCCUCGUUCGGCAUGCACUGACAGCUGUCGUCCUGGGUAUCGAAGAGUCACUCGGCAAGGUCAGCCCCUGUGCUGCUUUGACUGCGUAGCCUGUUCGGCUGGAGAGGUCUCUAAUGACACAGAUGCAGCCAAGUGUUUGAGAUGCCCAAAUAAUGAGUGGUCCAGUGAAGAACGAGACAGAUGUGUUCCUAAGUUUGUGGAGUUUUUGUCAUAUGAGGAACCUUUGGGGCUUAUAUUGGUAUCAAGCGCCAUAAUCUUCUCCAUCACUGCAUUUUUCAUUCUGUUGGUCUUCAUUAAGUACAGGGAAACUACAAUAGUGAGAGCCACCAACAGAGAGCUGAGCUACAUCCUCUUGGUGUCUCUCAUACUCUGCUUCCUCUGCUGUCUGGUCUUCAUCGGUCGUCCAUCCAUUUUUACCUGUCUCCUUCGACAAACCUUGUUCAGUAUUGUGUUCUCCAUCAGUAUCUCCUCAGUUCUGGCUAAGACUAUCAUGGUGACUCUCGCAUUUAAAGCCACCAUCCCUAACAGUCCUUUGAAGAAAUGGUUAGGGCCUAGGAUCCCACGAAGUGUGGUCGGACUUUGCUCCGUGAUGCAGACAGCAAUCUGCUCAGCUUGGCUUCUCUGGGCUCCCCCUUUCCCAAGAAUGAACACAGAAUCAGGAUAUAAUAAAGUGAUAUUUGAAUGUCACGAGGGGCAGAACCUCUUCUUUUACGUGUCACUGGGCUUCAUGGGAUUCUUGGCAUUGGUCAGCUUCCUGGCGGCUUUCCUAGCAAGAAACCUACCUGGCAGCUUCAACGAGGCCAAACACAUCACCUUCAGCAUGCUGGUGUUCUGCAGUGUCUGGCUCUCCUUCAUCCCCGCCAAUCUGAGCACCAGGGGAAAAUACACUGUGGCAGUACAGAUAUUUGCCAUCCUGGCUUCUACUGCUGGACUCCUGGGCUGUAUCUUCGUCCCUAAAUGCUAUAUUACACUUAUGAAACCAGAGAGAAACACACAACAAUACUUGGGAAGCAAUAAAAGAUUUGGGAUUGAAUGA